CUUGGGCUCUUAUUCUACACUUGCUUGAGCGGAGCGCCAGGCAGCAGUAGUACAACGGGCAUUUUUGAGAGACCACAGGAGUCUUGAAACUUCUGAAGGAGCCAAAAUGGGGCGAUUCUGCUUUGAUAUCGCCUUCUGCAGUCUGGUAUGUUUGUUCCUCGCUAUCUACAGCGUCGACGGUUACUCUAUUUCUAGAGGAGGUUCUGGGUCUCAGGAAAGUACAAAAGGAAGCGGGGGUUCUUCAACAGGAGGCUCUCAUGAACAACACGCACCAAGUCCUCAGCCUUGUGAUAGUCAUCCAUGCCAACAUGGCGGUAUAUGCCAUAAUCAUGGAACAACAUAUGAGUGUGUUUGCCCCAGUGGCUGCUCAGGAGCACGCUGUGAACUAGAAAAUAAACUGUUGGACACCAUCAAAGGAGCUACAGGAAGCGGCAGCAGUCAAACUUACCCUGACCAUGUCAACUCAAAAUCAAAUUCUGGAAGCAAUGAAGUGCCAGCUUUAGGUGAUACACAAAACCCAACCAAGUCCGCAAGUAAAGAGAGCCGCCCCUCUUCCUCUGGCAGCAGCAGUCAUACAGACCCUGACCACGUCAACUCAAAACCAAGUUCUGAAAGCAAUGAAGUGCCAGCACCUAAUCCUCAGCCUUGCGAUAGUCAUCCAUGCCAACAUGGCGGUGUAUGCCAAAAUAAAGGACAAUUAUUUGAGUGUGUUUGCCCCAGUGGCUGCUCAGGAAGACGCUGUGAAAAUGGACCUGUUCAAGACCCAUGUGCGAAUAACCCUUGUGAGCAUGGGGGAGCAUGUUCACCUUAUGGAUCCAGCUACCGAUGCAGUUGCCCGUCAGCGUACAUGGGUUCUAGAUGCCAACUAGGCAAAACACAAAACCCAACCAAAUCUGCAAGUAAAGAAAGCGGACAUUCUUCCCAUGGCAGCAGCAGUCAUGAAGACCCUGACCAUGUCAAACCAAAAUCAAAUUCUGGAAGCAAUGAAGUGCCAGCCUUAGGAGAUACACAAAACCCAACCAAGUCUGCGAGUAAAGAGAACCGCCCCUCUUCCCCUGGCAGCAGCAGUCAUACAGACCCUGAUCACGUCAACUCAAAAUCAGGUGAUGAAAGCAAUGAAGUGCCAGCACCUAAUCCCCAGCCUUGCGAUAGUCAUCCAUGCCAACAUGGCGGUGUAUGCCAAAAUAAAGGACAAUUAUUUGAGUGUGUUUGCCCCAGUGGCUGCUCAGGAAGACGCUGUGAAAAUGGACCUGUUCAAGACCCAUGUGCGAAUAACCCUUGCGAGCAUGGGGGAGCAUGUUCACCUUAUGGAUCCAGCUACCGAUGCAGUUGUCCGUCAGCGUACAUGGGUUCUAGAUGCCAAUUAGGCAAAACACAAAACCCAACCAAAUCUGCAAGUAAAGAAAGCGGACAUUCUUCCCAUGGCAGCAGCAGUCAUGAAGACCCUGACCAUGUCAAACCAAAAUCAAAUUCUGGAAGCAAUGAAGUGCCAGCCUUAGGAGAUACACAAAACCCAACCAAGUCUGCGAGUAAAGAGAACCGCCCCUCUUCCCCUGGCAGCAGCAGUCAUACAGACCCUGAUCACGUCAACUCAAAACCAAGUUCUGAAAGCAAUGAAGUACCAGCUUUAGGUGAUACACACAUUCCAACCAAGUCUGCAAGUAAAGAAAGCCGUCCCUCUUCCCCUGGCAGCAGCAGUCAUAAAGACCCUGACCAUGUCAACUCAAAAUCAGGUGAUGAAAGCAAUGAAGUGCCAGCACCUAAUCCCCAGCCUUGCGAUAGUCAUCCAUGCCAACAUGGCGGUGUAUGCCAAAAUAAAGGACAAUUAUUUGAGUGUGUUUGCCCCAGUGGCUGCUCAGGAAGACGCUGUGAAAAUGGACCUGUUCAAGACCCAUGUGCGAAUAACCCUUGCGAGCAUGGGGGAGCAUGUUCACCUUAUGGAUCCAGCUACCGAUGCAGUUGCCCGUCAGCGUACAUGGGUUCUAGAUGCCAAUUAGGCAAAACACAAAACCCAACCAAAUCUGCAAGUAAAGAAAGCGGACAUUCUUCCCAUGGCAGCAGCAGUCAUGAAGACCCUGACCAUGUCAAACCAAAAUCAAAUUCUGGAAGCAAUGAAGUGCCAGCCUUAGGAGAUACACAAAACCCAACCAAGUCUGCGAGUAAAGAGAACCGCCCCUCUUCCCCUGGCAGCAGCAGUCAUACAGACCCUGAUCACGUCAACUCAAAACCAAGUUCUGAAAGCAAUGAAGUGCCAGCUUUAGGUGAUACACACAUUCCAACCAAGUCUGCAAGUAAAGAAAGCCGUCCCUCUUCCCCUGGCAGCAGCAGUCAUAAAGACCCUGACCAUGUCAACUCAAAAUCAGGUGAUGAAAGCAAUGAAGUGCCAGCACCUAAUCCCCAGCCUUGCGAUAGUCAUCCAUGCCAACAUGGCGGUGUAUGCCAAAAUAAAGGACAAUUAUUUGAGUGUGUUUGCCCCAGUGGCUGCUCAGGAAGACGCUGUGAAAAUGGACCUGUUCAAGACCCAUGUGCGAAUAACCCUUGCGAGCAUGGGGGAGCAUGUUCACCUUAUGGAUCCAGCUACCGAUGCAGUUGCCCGUCAGCGUACAUGGGUUCUAGAUGCCAAUUAGGCAAAACACAAAACCCAACCAAAUCUGCAAGUAAAGAAAGCGGACAUUCUUCCCAUGGCAGCAGCAGUCAUGAAGACCCUGACCAUGUCAAACCAAAAUCAAAUUCUGGAAGCAAUGAAGUGCCAGCCUUAGGAGAUACACAAAACCCAACCAAGUCUGCGAGUAAAGAGAACCGCCCCUCUUCCCCUGGCAGCAGCAGUCAUACAGACCCUGAUCACGUCAACUCAAAACCAAGUUCUGCAAGCAAUGAAGUACCAGCUUUAGGUGAUACACACAUACCAACCAAGUCUGCAAGUAAAGAAAGGCGCCCCUCUUCCCCUGGCAGCAGCCCUGGCAGCAGCAGUCAUACAGACCCUGACCACGCCAACUCAAAAUCAAAUUCUGGAAGCAAUGAAGUGCCAGCUUUAGGAGAUACACAAAACCCAACCAAGUCUGCGAGUAAAGAGAACCGCCCCUCUUCCCCUGGCAGCAGCAGUCAUACAGACCCUGACCACGUCAACUCAAAACCAAGUUCUGAAAGCAAUGAAGUGCCAGCUUUAGGAGAUACACACAUUCCAACCAAGUAUGCGAGUAAAGAGAGCCGCCCCUCUUCCCCUGGCAGCAGCAGUCAUAAAGACCCUGACCACGUCAACUCAAAACCAAGUUCUGCAAGCAAUGAAGUGCCAGCUUUAGGUGAUACACAAAACCCAACCAAGUCUGCGAGUAAAGAGAACCGCCCCUCUUCCCCUGGCAGCAGCAGUCAUACAGACCCUGACCACGUCAACUCAAAAUCAAGUGAUGAAAGCAAUGAAGUGCCAGGACCUGUUCAAGACCCAUGUGCGAAUAACCCUUGCGAGCAUGGGGGAGCAUGUUCACCUUAUGGAUCCAGCUACCGAUGCAGUUGCCCGUCAGCGUACAUGGGUUCUAGAUGCCAAUUAGGCAAAACACAAAACCCAACCAAGUCUGCAAGUAAAGAAAGCGGCCCCUCUUCCCAUGGCAGCAGUAGUCAUGAAGACCCUGACCAUGUCGAACCAAAAUCAAAAUCUGGAAGCAAUGAAGUGCCAGCUUUAGGUGAUACACACAUACCAACCAAGUCUGCAAGUAAAGAAAGGCGCCCCUCUUCCCCUGGCAGCAGCCCUGGCAGCAGCAGUCAUAAAGACCAUGACCACGCCAACUCAAAAUCAAAUUCUGGAAGCAAUGAAGUGCCAGCUUUAGGAGAUACACAAAACCCAACCAAGUCUGCAAGUAAAGAAAGCCGUCACUCUUCCCCUGGCAGCAGCAGUCAUACAGACCCUGACCACGUCAACUCAAAACCAAGUUCUGAAAGCAAUGAAGUGCCAGCUUUAGGUGAUACACAAAACCCAACCAAGUCUGCAAGUAAAGAGAACCGCCCCUCUUCCCCUGGCAGCAGCAGUCAUACAGACCCUGACCACGUCAACUCAAAAUCAAGUGAUGAAAGCAAUGAAGUGCCAGCACCUAAACCUCAGCCUUGCGAUAGUCAUCCAUGCCAACAUGGCGGUGUAUGCCAAAAUAAAGGACAAUUAUUUGAGUGUGUUUGCCCCAGUGGCUGCUCAGGAAGACGCUGUGAAAAUGGACCUGUUCAAGACCCAUGUGCGAAUAACCCUUGCGAGCAUGGGGGAGCAUGUUCACCUUAUGGAUCCAGCUACCGAUGCAGUUGCCCGUCAGCGUACAUGGGUUCUAGAUGCCAAUUAGGCAAAACACAAAACCCAACCAAAUCUGCAAGUAAAGAAAGCGGACAUUCUUCCCAUGGCAGCAGUAGUCAUGAAGACCCUGACCAUGUCAAACCAAAAUCAAAUUCUGGAAGCAAUGAAGUGCCAGCCUUAGGAGAUACACAAAACCCAACCAAGUCUGCGAGUAAAGAGAACCGCCCCUCUUCCCCUGGCAGCAGCAGUCAUACAGACCCUGAUCACGUCAACUCACAUGCAUCAGGAAGUAAAUCAGGGAGUGGUUCAGGGCGUGGCUCAGGCAGUAACGAAAGAAGAGGCUACUACAGAAGUCCGUGUGAGAAAAACCCUUGCAAACGGGGAUCUUGCAAAGAGUUCGGCAAAACAUUCAAGUGCAAAUGUCCAAGUGGCUUCAAAGGAAGACGCUGCCAAUACACAAAAAGACCACGCACAACUCAUACCCAUGGGAGCAAAUCGAGCGGCUCGUCGUCUUCUGCAGAAAUCGAAGCACCCCAACCAUGUGAUUACAACCCAUGUUGGAACGGAGGAACCUGUUUGCCCGAGGGUGACCCGUAUACCUGUAAUUGCGCACCAGGAUAUGAAGGAAGACGUUGUGAAAUUGCUCCCACACCUCAUCCAUGUGAACAAGACCCUUGCUCUGGCCACGGUAAAUGCUACUCGACCCGGGACGGAGGAUACAGGUGUGAAUGUGAUCCUAAUUACGGGGGUGAACGUUGCAAUGAAGUUAUCCCUGUAAAUCCAUGUGACAGAAACCCAUGUAAGAAUGACGGCAGAUGUUUAACAAGAGGUGACGACUACCAAUGCCACUGCAUGUUUCCAUACGAAGGCACUAACUGUGAACAAGUCCAACCUGGUCCCUGUGAGGACAGCCCAUGCACCAACGGUGGAACCUGCUUUCCGGACGGUCAAGAUUUCUUCUGUCAAUGCCCAAAACAAUUCGAGGGUAGACGAUGCGAAAUAGCGCUUAAAGUUGGACCAUGUCAAACUGAGCCCUGUUUCAACGGAGGAACUUGUACACCAACAGCAACUGAUUUUGAAUGUGCAUGUAAGCCAAGCUACACUGGGAAAAGAUGUGAAGACAGUCCAGAUGUAAAUGAUCACGUGAUACUAGAAUCAACCAAUGGCGAGAUGGAAGAUGUUGAUAUCCCACUCCUGGCUUUCUACACACAUUCGUCCUAUUUGCUGCGGUUCAGUGUCAUGUGUUACGACAGUGUUCGCAUCGGAUUCAAAUCUGCAGUUUAUUCGCAUGUCUACUACUACGUUUAUUUGGGUAAAACGUCAGCUCGGAUUGAACACUGUGAGAACACAUGUCAAAGUGUAUCUGAGGUUGACAUUAGCGGUCAACUGAGUGCGACAGCCUUUGCUGAUUACUACAUCCGAUUUACAUCAACUGGGUCUCUGAUAGUUGGUAUCCUUGAUGCAUCAUUUACUGAGCUGAUGUCAUUCAACGGUGAACCACCAACAUGUCCUUUGCUCGUGUUUGUCAGCUCUGGGGACGGUUAUAUGGCAACCUGGAAGAUAUAUGAAGCCAUCACCGAGCAAGUUAAUACAAUUACCUGGCGAACAGUCAACGUGAACCUGAGAUCCGAUCAGUACACUUACCUGGGUGAAAGCUUCCAGGUAUACGACCGACAAUUACGACUUGGUCUAGCGAUAGAUUCAGAGGUGACGGUAUUGCUAUCCAAGGGAUAUGAUGACGCCAAUAAUUAUGAGAUUGUCUUCCGAGCCGCAGGAAACACAAAACUGCAAAUCAAGAAAAACGGUGAAGUUGUGAAAGAAGGGGACUGCGUGGUUAAUAGCUCCAGCCUCGAUGACUUUGAAGACUUCUGGAUAAGCUUCGCUAAGAGUACCAUCUCAGUUGGUCGAGUUGGUCUGGACAUGCAACCUGCAUUUGUCUCGUGGUCGGACACCUCGUCACUUGAGGUCUCACUUGCAGCCUUCAAGGGAGCGUCAUCUUCAUAUCUUGUGUACUACAAAUUCGAAUAUCAAACUGCAAGGGGUAUAUUCUGGACCUUCGAUUGCGACAUGGCGUACCCACUACCAUUUGAGAAAAUUAAAAUGCCACAAACAGCGCUGGAGAUUGGUUUGACCGCAGACUGUGAUGCUCAUUUCAGUAUUGCUGCUACAGACGAAGACAGCCCAGAUGCUCCGAUGUACGAAGUUGUGAUUGGAGCUGAGGAUAACACCAAAUGCCUCAUUCGCAAAUGCAAAGAAUGUGAGUGUAUGGCCGAAGUAGACUGCCCACAUAUCCUAGAUAAGAACAAGCAGGUCGACUUCACCUUCGAGUUUGAGUUUGGUCACUUGAAACUCUUCAAGGGUAAGGGGGCUUCCAAGUCGGCCCAACCCAUCAUGUCAUGCGAAGAUCCAGAACCAUUGAUUGGUCUGGAGUACUUGGCGUUAAGUACUGGAUUCGAAAGCGACGGAGAAUCACACUGGAGGACAUAUAAUGUGUAAUUCUGGAGGUCACACGGCUUCUUCAAAUUCGAUGGAAAUAGACACACGACUACACAAAGAGUGACAAUGAAUUUAUUUAAAAACAGCAACAUUUACUCAAGAACAAUUUCUUAACAUGUAAGCAAAACUUAUUUUAAUAGUGAUUAUGCUGGUUUUUACAGGGAUUUUUUUUUUUAGAGGAAACAAUAUAAUUUUAAAGAAAAUAUUGUCUUAGUUUUAAACACUAAUAUUUCGAUUGUUAAGAAAGCUAUAAUAACAUAAUAUAUUAUGAUAAAGCAUCAAUUCCGAAUAGACUGUUGUUAGUAUUCAGGUUUAGAAACUCUAUCAACUGCAUGAGUCAGCUAAGAAAAUAGGCUGAUUCAGAACAGCAACAUUUAGCUCCCUAAACUUUGUUUUCAUCUUCUUGUAGCCCUUGUACUAGUGACUGUCAAACUUGUUUGAGAAGAACUUUUAAUUUCUCCUUAAUAGACAAAGGACGAGGAAACAUCUACAGGUAAUUCACACUUAUUUCAAGCACUUUUGAAACACUCGUUUACAAAACUCAACUGAAGCACUCAUUUGAAGCACUCUUUUGAAUCGGUUUGGCACUCAUUCAAAAUACUCAUUUGAAUCACUCAUUUGAAUCACUCAUUUGGAACACUUAUUUGAAACCCAUUUGAAGCGCAUAUUUUAAAGCAAUAAUGUGAAGCAAUCUUUUGAUAAACUCACUUGAAGCACUCAUUUGAAACGCUCAGUUAAAAACUCUUUUGAAGAACUCAUUUGAAGUAAAUUGAAACACUGAUUUGAAGCACUCAUUUCAAGCACUCAAUUGAACACUAAUUUGAAGCGCAUAAUAAAAACAUUCAUUUGAAACAAUUAAAGCACUAUUUUUAAGUGAAGCCAUCUUUUGAAAAACUCAUUUGAAACACACAUUUUAAAUACUCAUUGAAACUCUCAAGUGAAACAUUUUAAAUACUCAUUUGAAACUCUCAAAUGAAACACUCAAUUAUAGCGCAUAAUUAUUUCAAACAUUCAUUUGACACAAUUUAAGCACUAAUAUGAAGCCAUCUUUUGAAAAACUCACUUGAAACACUCAUGUGAAACACUCACUCAGUUUAAACCGUUGCUAACACAUAAUCUUUGACGUGUUUGAUAUGAGUUUAAAGGAUAUUGAUAACUUACGUUUAAAAUGCAUAAAUUAUUAGGCGUUAUUAAUAACAAGUUAAAAAAAACAUCUAUUUAGCAAUAUGUGCAGUAAUUAAAACAUAUGGUAUUUGGGAAAUUGUUUUAAUAUAAUAAAUCCUGCAUCAAAUCUAACUGAAUCUCGUUUGACAACCAAUUGUUGAAUCAUUGAUCUCACUAUAAGGAAUGUUAUUAUGGUAACCAACUACAUGGAUGUAGAUUUAGUGUAGACGUGUAAAUCAAUGUAAACGAUCAUUGAAGAUAACAGUGAAAUGAGAGUCGUCUGGCUGUCUGGUCACGUUGAUGAACGCGAAAGCAAUAAACAAAACAACCUAUAGCAAC